UUAAUCAAGUAACACAAUACUGAACUUGUAACUAUAGUGAUCCGAAUAUACAACAGUGUUAUUUAUAUAUACAUAUAUACGUGGUGUCCUUGGCAACCGCUUGUUAUACUAGCAAUGUCUCGUGUAUCAGAUUUCUUUUGAUAGUUAAAUAUACAAUAAUUAGUUAUUAAAUUAAAUCAUGUUCACUAAGCAACAUUUAUUAACGUUAAACGAGCAAAUAGUUCCGCCUCCAACGCAAAAAUUUACAAUCGAACAGUGGCAUCUUAAUAAUCAAGCUCGAUUCCGUAAAUGCAACAUUCAUAGUCAAUUAGUUGAAAGUUUAAUUGCUGAAUCAGAGCGUAUUUGUGAUUCGGCAUUAGAAUUAACGAAAACAAAUAAAAUAGCAACCGAUCAUGAAUUGAAAGAAAAAUUAUCAGAUGUUAAAUUUGUUAAAGAUGAAAUUUUACGUCAUCGCAAAGAUGUUAUUUUAGAAAUUGAUGCAUUAAAAACUUAUAAAACAAGAUUGAUUGAUGGUUUAUCAUCAAUACAAGAAAAUGCAGCUGAUAUUUGUAAAAAAUGUCUUAUUGCGAGAGAACACCGUUUAGGUAUCGACUUAACAGUUGAUGAUGUAGAAAAAGAAUUGAGAAAAGAAUUGGAAAUAAUAAAUCAAGCAGAUAGUAUUUUUACACGAACAUUAGAGCAUACAAAUGAACAAAUUCGUAUUUUAAAAUCUCUUUUAUAUUAUCUUGAUGGAGAUUUAGAGAAUAAAGAUCGUAGUAUUCAAUUAGAUGAAAGAAAUCUCAAUUUAAAGGAGACUUGUUUAAAUCUCAGUAUUUAUCAUGGAACUGCUUCACUAGAUCCUUCGACUAUUACUGUUCAAGAAUGGGAUUUACAUAGUGACGAAGUUAUCAUGUCUACAAUGAAGCAAAUGAAUAGUACCAAAGUAUUACGCUAUUAUAUUGAUAAUAUUUUAAAAGAAAUAGUUGAUGAUUUAAAUGAACAGAAAAAUAAAACUAAUGAAGCAUUUAGACUCAGAAUUUUGGAAACAAAACAAGUAAAAGCUCGUCUUGAGUCACAACAUUCUGAAAUAAUAAAACAAGCGAAUGCAAUGACGCAAAAUAUAACACGCUUAGAAAAAAAUAUUGCUGAGAAAGAAGGAUUUCUUGCGCUGGCACACACACGUUUAGGAAAUCGUUGCCAUCGACCAAAUUUGGAAUUAACUCGUGAUAAAGUGGAAAAUAAACUUACACAAGAAGUAUAUGGCCUUCGUCAAACAGUUGCAAAACUUCAACAAACAUUGAACGAGGCUCAAGCAACUUUACGUUAUCUACUAAGAACGCAAAUACAAUUAGAAGAAGAUAUUAAUAUAAAAACUAAUACUUUAAAAAUAGAUGAAGUUGAAUGUAUGACACUGCGUCAAAGUUUGAAUUAUCGUGCUUAUUAA